CAUUCCGAGAACUCGUUGCUGAGCAGCGCGCUGCCCAUCAUCAUCCCAUCGGGUACGCACGCGUUGAAACGAGCCGUUGUAGCCUCCUGGGGGGGCUAGUGCGUUUCCUUGCUCUGAAAGCGAUAGCCGCGAUAAAAAUACGCCCCACCAACCCGAAACCCUCCCACCCACUCACUACCACCCCCACCUUCUCCCCCUCUCUUCAUCCUGGUCGCGUGUGAACCCAGGCUGUAUGAAACACGGCAGGGACACCGUUUUCGGCAGCAUUUCGAAGCUUACCUUGCCUUCGCGUUAGUGCAUGGAGCGACUGUUUGAAGUAGUGCAAUAGGAAAUUAUUAAUUUAACUGAACGAAAGCAAGUUGUGGUACAGUUUUACCGACAAAGUGUGGUGACCAUCGAGUGCGUGCGAAAUCUCCCAUUCCGGUAGUGAAAGUGCAGCCCAAUCUGUGUGUAACACGAGUACAUUGCAAUUGCCGUCGGUGUUUGAAAAGUGUCCGAUUUUUCCUCAUAAUACCAAGCCCACCGAAUACAAACCCCCAAUCGAUGAGGCUGUUAUAAUACGUGCCGUGCCGUCGUCCUCGUCGUCACUCCCCGUAACACCUCCCAAACUGUCCACGGUGACCGGGCGCCCCAGGCUGACCGACAAAAUUGAGAGACACAAACGCAAACGUGACCUCGCGAGUGAGCGGACGGCAAGGGAGGCCAAAGGUGCGGCACGGCGGCGGGGUGAAGGUGGAUCGCAAGUGGCCAGCAGUGGACGAGCCCGGGCCCAUUCUCCAGCGGCUCGGGAGCAACAGCAGCAGCAGCAGAGGCGCACCGCCAACCGAAUGCUGCUGGACACCCAGGGGACAGCAGGCGAUGGACCGGCAGUGGGACCACCGGGUAUGGGGUCAGGGACCGUCCCGAGUACUGCUGCUGCUGCUGCGGCGGCGGCGGCCGCUGCGGCAGCCCUGUCCGCGGCCAAGGGUGCGACGGAUUUCUCGAUAGCGGCGAUCAUGGCACUGCGGGAGGGCUCCAGCAGGAGCCCUCUGGAAGCAGUUUUCGUAAGUGGUUCACAAAAUUCAUCCGUGGAUCGACUCUCCGAGGUGGACGAUGAGGUAGACGUGGAUGUGGAGGAGUGUAGCGAUUCCGAGGAGCCGAAAUCCUCGGACAGUGGCCGGGUGACCCACUCGCGCACAACCGAAACUCCCAACAGUGUGUCCGUGUCGGAUGAGGAGCGGCUUUCACCGGAACCGGCACAAAAGCGACCAACCAUCGUCGGGUCCUGCAAUUCGGACGACUUGCGGCCGGUUCAGUGUCACCUGGAAACGAAGGAGCUGUGGGACAAGUUCAACGAGCUCGGCACGGAAAUGAUCAUCACCAAGACGGGAAGGCGCAUGUUCCCGACCGUACGCGUCUCCUUCUCCGGUCCGCUUCGCCAGGUUACGCCGGCCGAUCGGUAUGUCGUGCUGCUGGAUGUGGUCCCGGUUGACAACCGGCGCUACCGUUACGCGUACCACCGUUCGGCCUGGCUGGUGGCAGGGAAGGCCGAUCCACCGCCGCCCGCCCGGCUCUACGCCCACCCGGACACCCCGCUCGGGGCCGAUGCCCUGCGGAAACAGGUUAUCUCGUUCGAAAAAGUGAAACUAACCAACAAUGAAAUGGACAAGAAUGGUCAGAUUGUCCUCAACUCAAUGCACCGCUACCAGCCCCGGAUUCAUCUCGCGAGGCUAGGGCCGGGCCAAAACAUACCCAUCACACCAAAGGAGCUGGCCGAGGUCGAUCACAAGACGUACGUCUUCCCGGAGACGAUCUUUACCGCGGUCACCGCGUACCAGAACCAGCUCAUAACGAAGCUUAAGAUUGACUCGAAUCCAUUCGCCAAGGGUUUCCGUGAUUCAUCCCGCUUGACUGAUUUCGAUCGCGACCCAAUGGAUGCCCUACUUUUCGAGCAGCAUAUGCGAUCGCCGCUGCGCCUGUUUCCCGAUCCGCUGAUGGCACAGUUCACGUCCGGCCCCAGUCCUGCCGACUUUCAGGAUGCAUCUUCCGCCGCCCUGCUGGAGAAAGCACGCCAGCAUCUGCAGAUGUGGGGCCGCUCGCCCUACAGCGAACUGCUGCUGCCCCAGAUGUACCAGCGGCCGCAAGCGCUCGGUGCGCUCAACCUGGGCGUUUGGCAGAACUCGGCCAGCUGGCCCGCUAGUCCACAGCUACCUGGCGGGUUUCUGCCCAAUGCAGCGGCUGCCGCAGCGGCCGUUGCAGCAGCAGCUAGUGCUAGCGGUGGCCCUCGGCAUACUACACCACCACCACCGCCGCCUCCACCAGCAACAGCACUGGGACCUUCUGGAGGGACGAUCCUAUCCCCAUCGACACCGCUAACGCCGACAAGCUCCUCCGGCACGCCUUCGCCGGAUCCGCGGGCCAAACACUUCACCCGCUUCACACCAUACCAAAUACCGCAGGCUCAGCAUCGAUCGUCACCGGCACCGCCACCUUCCUCUCUUCCACCAGCCGGCUCGCCGGGCAGUUCUUCCAACUGAUCAGAAGCGAGCAAAAGCUCCCCAUCAGCCCCAGCUUAGUCAUGAGAUUUCGUUCCAAGUUCAGUAUCAUCAGUAUUAGACGAACGAUGCACGGCGAAUGCAUCGAGAUGAGAAAGACUUCCACGCAGGAGAAGCAAAACUAUUUAAUUUAUUUAUGCAGAUUUGUUGUGUAGCUUCCCGUUUUGGGGCUUUUCGUUACUUAAUCACUUACGAAACGUGUGUGUAAAGGCGAAUGAUUGGAACUACUUGUAAGCAGUCAAUGUUGCAAUAUGGUGAGAAGUUGCUCGUGAGUGGAUCACUUGUGUAGUCAAAUAAGCAAAGGAAUGCAUUGGGAAGAGUGCUACAUCUUUUGUAUCUCUGCUCGAGGAAAACUCCUGAAUAAGCAUGAGCAAAUCAACGAAUAAUCACCAAAAUUGUUAUACCAAGUAAAACUUAUCCAUUAAAUAAAAGAGUUUCUUUUCAGUUUCAUGUCAGAGUA